UAUUUACUCAUACACACACUAGGAGACUCUGAACCACCAGAGAAACAAGACCCAUCAAAACACUCAUCAUCAACAAUGGCUGCUGAACUCAUGGAGACUCUCAAAGAAGCCAUCACCGGACUCUCUCCCACUACUUUCUUCACUGUAUUCGCCACCACUGUCACCGUCUACUACAUCGUUUCCGUUUUCUUCAUGAGAGGCCUCUCCGAUCACCGUCAACAACACAGCCCAAUGUCUUCCGAAGAAGAAGACGUGCAAAGCAGAUCAAUGGCAUCUUCAUCCUCCUCAUCUUCUCACCCAUUGAAGCAUGAAGUAUUUCUAAGUUUUAGAGGAGAAGACACUCGUAGGAACUUUGUGGGUCAUCUCUACAAGGAUCUUGUACAAAAAGGAAUCCAAACAUACAAGGAUGAUGAAACACUUCCUCGGGGUGAGCGAAUCGGUCCAGCCCUCUUGAAAGCUAUCCAAGAAUCACGCAUCGCCGUUGUUGUAUUCUCUCAAAACUAUGCAGAUUCAUCUUGGUGCUUGGACGAGCUUGCACAUAUUAUGGAGUGCAUGGAUCCGAGCGAGCAAAUCGUGAUGCCCGUGUUUUAUCACGUGAAUCCAUCGGAUGUGAGAAAUCAAAAGGGGAAAUAUGGAAAAGCAUUAUCCAAACAUGAGAGGAAAAAUAAGCAAAAGGUUGAAUCAUGGAGAAACGCUCUGGAAAAGGCAGGCAACCUUUCUGGAUGGGUGAUUGAUGAAAACAGCCAUGAAGCACAAUGCAUCAGUGACAUUGUUGGUACAAUUUCUUCUAGGCUUUCUUCACUAAAUACAAACGAUAAUAAAGACCUGAUUGGAAUGGAGACCCGCUUACGUGAUCUGAAAUUAAUGUUGGAAAUUGGGUCGGGUGGUGUGCGCAUGGUUGGAAUAUGGGGAGUUGGGGGUGGUGGUAAGACUACUCUCGCAUCUGCUGCUUAUAUGGAGAUCUCUCACCUAUUCGAAGCAUGUUGUCUUCUUGAAAAUAUUCGUGAGGAAUCAAGCAAGCAUGGUUUGAAAAAGCUGCAAGAAAAAAUUCUAUCACUUGUUUUGAAAACAAAUGAGGUUGUACGAAGUGAGAUAGAAGGAAGAAGCAUGAUAAAGAGAAGGCUAUGUCACAAAAGGGUUUUAGUUGUUCUCGAUGAUGUUGAUGAUCUUGAGCAACUUGAGGCGUUAGCGGGAUCCCAUGAUUGGUUUGGUGAGGGAAGCCGGAUAAUAAUUACUACCAGAGAUAAGCAUUUGCUAUCCUCCAGGGCUCACACAAAUAUUUAUGAAGUGAGUUUGUUAUCACAUCACGAAGCAAUCAAGCUCUUCAAUAGACAUGCAUAUCACAAAGAUAAACCUCUUGAAGAUUAUGAGAAGCUUUCAUUGCGUGUAGUUUCUUAUGCUGGUGGGCUUCCGUUAGCGCUCAAAGUUCUAGGUUCUUUUCUAUAUGACAAAGACAAGGAUGAGUGGAAGAGUACCUUGGCCAAGUUAAAAAGCAUCCCAGAAGAGAAGGUCAUGGAGAGACUCAAAAUAAGUUAUGAUGGACUUGAACCCUACCAAAAAGACUUAUUCUUAGAUGUUGCAUGUUUCAUGAGACAUAACUACUUAUUGUCGAUGGAUCGUGCAAUGAUGGUGUUUGAUGCUUGUAAUUUUUACCCAGUUAUAGGGUUAAAGGUGUUGGAACAAAAAUCCCUCAUUAAAGUUACAGAAGGAGGAAAAUUUGAGAUGCAUGACUUGAUAGAAGAAAUGGCACACUACAUUGUUAGAGGGGAACACCCUAAUAAUCCUGAAAAGUAUAGCAGGAUUUGGAAGGAGGAAGAUUUUGAAUACCUCUGUGAUAUGGGGGCAGCUGCACCCUCAAUGGAAAAUGAAGUAUUAGCUAAUUUGCCACAUUAUAUAAUUAGCCAUCCAGGUCUAUUUGAUGUUGCUGCAAACAUGAAGAACCUUCGAUGGAUAUUGUGGGAUUAUUAUCCAGCAUCUUCAUUCCCAUCAAAUUUUCAGCCAACAAAGCUUUGUUGUCUAAUGUUGAGAUGUAGCAAGCAAAAACAACUGUGGGAAGGGUGUAAGAGUCUACCAAAUUUGAAAAUUAUUGACCUUACAAUGUCAUCAAACCUAAUCAAGACACCAGAUUUUGACGGCCUUCCAUGUCUUGAGAGAUUGAUUUUAUCAGAAUGUAAUAGAUUAGAAGAGAUUCAUCCAUCAAUUGGAUAUCACAAAAGGCUUGUUUUCGUGAACAUGAGCUACUGUAAGAGCCUUAAAAGCUUUCCACCCAUCAUACAGAUGAAAAAAUUGGAGACUCUUAUUCUCUCUACUUGCAUUCAACUUCAACAGUUUCCGGAUAUCCAGUCGAACAUGAAUAGCUUGGUAACCCUUGAUCUGUCUAAUACUGGUAUAGAAAUAAUCCCACAGUCAGCUGGUCGAUUUUGUACCAACCUUGUUCCCUUAAAUUUAAGAGAUUGUCACAAACUGGAAAGGAUAGAGGGCAGCUUUCAUCUCUUAAAAAGUUUGAAAGACCUGAAUCUCAGUGGUUGUAUGGGGUUACAAUCUUUUCAUCAAGACCGGUUGGUCAGCCUGAACCUACCUCAGUUUCCACGUUCUUUAAGGAAACUCAAUCUUAGCAAUUGCAAUUUGGGAGAUGGAGACAUCCCAUCUGAUAUAUUUUGUGAGUCAUUAAACCUACAGGUACUAGACCUAAGUCUUAACAACUUUUCAAGAUUACAUUCCAGCAUCUCACAACUCCCGGGUCUCAAGCUCCUCAAUUUGUCAGACUGCAUAAACCUUGUAGAAUUGCCAGACCUCCCAUCAAGCAUAGCUGUUCUCUAUGCAAACGAUUGUCCCUCACUUGAAAUUGAAAGAGAUUUAACAGACUAUAAAUGGUUGUGGAAAGUCUCACUUUUGGGGGUGGUAAAAGUGGUGAAACUGAAUAAGAGGGUACUACUUUCUAUGCUUGAGGAAAAUGCAGUUAAAGAUCGCUUUAUGAGUGUGUUAACUCCCAAUAUUCAACCAUCAAUCAUUUAUACCAGACUUUUUGUCACAUUGCAACUUCCACACAACUGGUACAGUGACUUUAGUGGAUUUUUAUUAUCAUUACGUGCUCCUGAUACCCUUUUCGAUACCGAUACGUAUCGCAUAGUUAUUAAGCAGGAGAUGUCCAUGGAUCACCCUGAAGAGUUUGGUGAAGAUUGGGAACAACGUAAGUUUGGUGAAGAUCACUCUGAGAAGUUUAAUAACGAUUUGGGACCAUAUGACUCUGAAGGCGUGGGCACGGAUUACUCUCACGAGUCUGAUGAAGAUUGGGAACAAUGUAAGUAUGAAGGGGUGGGUUAUGUACCCUUUAGUUCAUUGAGGCACAUCCCAUGGUUCAAUCCUACAUACACUCAAAAUAUUACAUUUCAGACGUAUGUAGCUGGUCUUAAUGUAGAACUUGUUCGUAGUAAAAGUAAAAUAGGUGAUUUAAACGAACACCCAAUCGAUUACUCAGAGUGUUGGGAUGAAGAAUAUGAAGAUAACAAGACAUUUGAGAUCACAUAUGAUUCACAGUCCUCUGAAACACAGAUUUCAUGGAAACAUUGGUAAUCAAUCUCAGUUUCAAAUUUCAAACAUUUGCCCACAUUUUGUUACCAUUUAAAGUUUGGUUUUGCUUCUCCAGCAUCAUUGCAGCCUAAAAAAGUUGUAAUAAAUUUUCCUUUAUUA